CGCAAAUUCUCUUUGUCAAAGGAAAAUUUCUGAGUACACACCUCCGGUGUUGUCUUUAUCUCGGCUACAAGAAUUUUGAGAUAGCAGGUAGGCAUUGAGGAUAAACACCGGAAAGUUUCACUCCACACCUUUCCCAAAGGCCUAUAUGAUUGAACAUGUCGGCGCAAAUUCCACCCAGAGAAUCAUUCAAAAGUCGUGCGGAUGCCAUCCCACUUCCAGGACUUGAUUCUGAAUACGGGGACCUCCCAGUAUCUCUGACUACUUAACCCUCACAGCUGUGCCGAUAAACUGCUUCUUUCCUUCGAAUAGUUUUUUCUUUUGCUUAUCUUGAGUAAUUUCUUCGCGGCCGAUACAUACUCCUACUCCACUGGUACUGAUUAAAGUCUAUUGGCCAUAACCUCAUUACAUAACUUCUUCAAAGCAAAAGCUCAUCAGGACAUAUUUCAACCAUGGGUUCUGUAUCCAUGGAUGAAAUGGAGACCUUCGAUCCGGCAAUCCAUCUCAACUACACACCACCCACACACCUCUUCUCCCUCGCCGACCUCCACUUAGAGCAACGCCCAUCAUCAACCCCUAUCGCCGCCACAGCAGCCUUCCCAUUCCUCUCACACGAAGGCGUACUCGCUUACCGUCGAGCUCUGUUCUCCUCCGAAGUCCUCGCCAACUGCUCCGCAACAUGGGGAUCCAAUGCUCUCAUUCUACGCAAUGCAGGCGGCCAUUCCAAGUUCCUGCACGAUCUCUGGAACCAUCCCGAGACUCUGAGGAUUAUGUCUGAGAAUAUGAAAGCGCCACUGGUGCCAAUUUUCCAGCUUGAGGAGGGUUUCGUUAGUGUGCAGACUGAACGCUAUGAUGUGGAAGAGAUGAAGAGGGAGAUUAGUGUUGUGCCGCAGCAUGUGAGGAUUCCCUUGACGAAGGAGCAGGAGAGCUUUGAUCCGUUGAGUUCGAAUAUCUUGCGUUGGCAUUAUGAUUCGUAUCCGUAUGCAUGUAUUGUAAUGCUUAGCCAUACAGAUGGUAUGGUUGGUGGAGAGACAUAUAUUAAGCGAGGGGACAAGAAGAUCGAGAAAGUAGAAGGGCCAUGUUAUGGAUGCGCUUACAUUAUUCAAGGUGGAAUUUUAGAACAUCUCGCAUCCCGCGCCAUCGGCGUGAAAGAGAGAAUCGCGAGCGUAACAUCGUUCCGUGCUACCUUACCCGGCAUGUACGACGUUUCAUACCUUACCAAUACUCGACCCGUUACCAAUCUCAAAAUCAUGUAUAAAGAAUGGGGAUCGUAUAGACUACAAGUUCUAGAGUCUGAGAUCAAGGACAUGCGUGCCAAGAUCGAGAAGGAUGAUGAAGUGGAUCUGGAUGAAUUCAAGAUCUUCGCUGCGAAUCAAGUCGAGUACAACGCACCCAAAGGCAAAUGGUACCACACGCUUACAACAAGACCACUAAAGAGCGCUAUGGUUUGAAAGCAUAUAUGGAUGUACCGACGACAUGGGAACGCAUCACCAAGCAUCCGGACUUUGCGCAGAAACUUCUCGCCAUAGAUCCGGAUACUGAUUGGAAAGUGGCGCGGGAUUAUGUAGGUGACUUGGCAGUCUCGAGGAAUGCAUUGAGAUAUGGUGAGAUUAUCCAGGGUCAGUUGGGGCCGGUGAGUUGGAGUUGGGAGAGGGAGUAUGUUAUGGGUGAUGAGCUGUUGAGACAGGGACAAAGAGAGCUGUUCUUUGAGUGGGCCACGAAGACUGGGCUUUGGGAGUUGAGAGCUUAGAUUGUUUCCAGUAGAUGAUUCUAGUCUUUGGGGUUCGGGAGACUUGGAGUGAGAAUUGAGCGAGGAGUGAGCGGCCGGGCGUUACUUUUGAGAUUUUACCAGAGCAACACAGUUAAGCGCGAUAUUUAUUGUCUCCCAAGUCUGUACGCCUCACAUCUGUACAUCUGACUUAUAUAUUAGAUUGGAUUUCUAGGGUAUUAUAACGACGCAAAUCUCAUUUCUGAGUUGUACC